CGAUCCCACCGAAGCAGACUCGGCUCGGCUACUACUGUGCUGUCCCUCUUUUUUAUCUUGAUCUUCCUAGAAGGAUCAAGAUGCCAGACGGCAGAGGCGGGGGGGUCACUGUCAUUGUGUGUGUUUGUGGACGGGUGGGUGUGGGUGGCUCCCCUCCCACUCACUCACUCCCCGCCCUUCUCUCGGCCGGCCCCGGUGGGUGUGUGGGUGACGAUGAAGCGCGCGACACGUCCACCGUAGACUCUCUUUCUCGCUUCCGACUAUGGAAACUAGUCAUCUGGUUCAUCUUGUUGGGGAAUGCGAUAUUAGUUUUCUAAACCCUGCGGCAGUGGGAGAGAUGAAGAAAUAUAUAACUAUACAAGAUCCUGAGCGGGGCGACCUUUUUGUUGGUUUUCUUUUCAGGGGACAGUACCGGACUAGGUACGGAGUACAGCACCGGUAGUUGCUAGUCCCGUAAACAAGGUUACUGAAUUAUAGGAUGGGUUGCAUGAUGUUGUGUAACGGGGUGAUUUUUUCUUAUGGGAGAUGCCUUCCUCCGGAUCGUAGAUUCCUCCCCUAUCUAUGA